UGUCAAAAUCAGCUGUGUUUAGAAAGAAAAAGGCGUGUCCCCAAGUUUUCAGACAACUAGCCACUGCUAGCCACAUAAAAAAUUUCCAGAUCUCCGCGUUUUAAUUUAUCAUAUUUAAAAUUAAUUUUGUCGUUUACCGGCAGCUACAUAAGCAGGAAAAAAAGGACAUAUUUUUCUUCUAAAAUUUUAAUUCCUGUUUAACAUGUAAUACAUAUUAUGUGAGAGCCCCAGAAAAAAAUAGCCGCUUCAUAUAUGGCAAACAACAACAACUUUUGUUAUCUGCUUCUAAAAACCAUCUCGGUGAACCUGAAAUAUUACAUGAAGGCUUUGCUUGUGAUCAGCCUGAUCAGUUUCGUUUUGUGGCAGACUGCCAGAGUCAUGAGCGAAGCUUCGAACCGUAGUGCCGGUGUUGCAUACAACUGGAACAUGCACGACUCCUUCAAAACGCAGCUGCCACCAUCAGCGUUUGAGGUGUCAAAAAGCAUUCUAGAAAAAACAGAUACCAUCAAUGUUGAUGGCGUCAGGGUGUUCUACAGAGAGUGCGUACCUCCAGCAAAAAUUGAGCCAACUUUACAGACGAUUCUCCUCUUGCAUGGACGUAGCUUUUCUUCUGAAACUUGGUCCAAACUAGGCACUAUCUCGUUGUUUGCUGCCCUUGGCAAUAGGGUGAUUGCCGUCGACCUUCCAGGUUAUGGAAAAACGGAAGGGGAGCAGUACAAGAGCGACAGGGGCAAGUUCAUCAGCAUGCUGGUCACUGCCCUUGACAUGCAGAGACUGGUCGUCAUCUCACCCUCGAUGAGUGGCAGCUACUCCAUUCCUUACCUGACUGCUUAUCCAGAAAAACUGAGCGGAUUCAUUCCGGUGGCACCUACCUCAACAAACAAUGUCCCUCAGGACACUUUGGCCAGAAUUACUGUACCAACGUUGUCAAUUGUGGGUACAGACGAUGAUACAGGUUUGGCUGAGCAGGCCAACGUUAAUCUUGAAGUGAUGCCCAACCAGGCGCAGGUGCAAAUUUCAGACGCACGGCAUGCGGUUUAUCUCAACCAACCACACCUGUUUCACACUGCUGUAUAUAAUUUCAUGCUUGCUCUGAGGAAGGAAAUUGAUGCUAGGAUUGCCUAAAAAUGACUGAAAAUAGUAAUUGUGAGCUUUAAAAUUUAUGUUUAAAAGAUAUUCAAUUAAAACAAUGAUCUAAUUAAAUGUAAUGCAAUUAUUAAUUAUUUAUAAUAAAAAAUAAUUACAAAGAUAAUAACUUUAAUAAGAAAAAUUAAUAAGUUUAGUUCCACAGAUUUUAUUCUUGGCCGUUCACAAAAAUACACGAUGACAAGCUAUAUAUUUUUCCUCAAGUCAUGGAAUGCAUAAAUAAAGCUCUAUCAUAUUAAGGUACAAAUGAAAUCUCGACAUGAUUUCCCAUGAUCACUAUUAACAUUGAGAAACGAGCCUCCGUCGGCAAAUCGUUAUCACCGCUACAAAUAAAAUCAAUUGGAAAGACCUAGAAGUGUGUUGCUGUGAGCUCGCGUGCUUUUGGGAUAAGUUGGUUUAGUUAAAAUUCAUCAUUCAUCCUUGGGAUUUCAGUUCCUAAAGUGAGCUAGUCUGCGGGGGCUGGACAUGAGUUCUUUUGGGAAUGUUUGAUAUAAUAUUACUUCUAACAAUUCCUGGAAGAGACAAAAGAUUGUUUGAAUUAAGAUUUUACUUAAAAUUACUGCUUACGUAAAUUAAUUGCUUAUUGUAAACCUUCUCCUGGAGCGCUUCAAAGACUUUCCUUGCACCUCUCCUGGCGCUUUCUUUCCCGACCAGAUUGCACAGUAUCUCUGGCACAUUAUCUACAAAUAAUUGCCUUGCCUCUUUCCUAUAGAAGUUAAAUGCAUUAAAAAUAACAAAAUAUAUUGUUAAAUUUUACUUCGUUGUCUCUUUUUCUUUCUCUGAUCUUUGUGGGGCAGGAG